CGGGCUCGCCGCACAGGAGUCGCUGCGGAGCUGGCGGCAGGGCUUCCUCGAGGAGUGCACGGACGCCCCGCGUGCGGGUCAUUGCCGUCUCGGACAGGAUCGGGUACACGGACCCGGGCGGCACAGAGUACUCGACCUGCGCGACCGCGGAGUCGCUGCGGCGCCAGGGCGGGGGGCUCCUCGGGGUGCUCGGGCUGGGCAUCGCGCGGCUCCGGAGCCGGCGCGCGACGGCCUUCUGGAGGUGGGCCGCGGAGCACUACCUGGGGAGGUCGCUGCCCGAGGAGAUGCUCCGCGACGUCACGACGAUCAUCCCCAAGUUCUCCUCCCUCAUGAUCCUCCUCCUCCUCGAGCAGCUGCGCCGCGAGAGGGGCGACACCCUCGUGCUGUACGUGGACGCCUUCGACGUGCUCUUCCAGCGGAACCUGAGCGAGCUGCCCGCGGAGUACUGCGCCCAGACAGUGGGAGGCGACGGCUGCCGAGCUCCUCGACGAGCUCCGCAGACCCGGGCGGAACCGGUCGCGCGGGCG